CGCCCGCUCCUCCCUGCACUAGCAGCCCCCGCCCAGCAGUGCCGCCAGCCCCACCCAUCUAUGCAGGCUUACAGUGAGCCAGCAGAGCGCAGGCGCAUGGUGACGUCACGGGAGGCAUCCGGCGUAGGCGAAAGCAUUUGAAUCUACUUGGCGGGAGUUAGUACUGUAGUGCGAACUGUUCAGCUAUGGAGUCCGCCUCGGGAAGUGAGGAGAAUGAAGAAGGUGCGGCGACAGAGAAAUGCGUGAAUAGGAUCCCAGUACCAAGACCACCCUCCAUUGAAGAAUUCACUAUAGUGAAGCCCAUUAGCCGUGGCGCAUUCGGGAAAGUGUACCUGGGACAGAAAGGCAGCAAGUUGUACGCGGUGAAGGUUGUCAAAAAAGCAGACAUGAUCAAUAAAAAUAUGACUCAUCAGGUACAGGCUGAGAGAGAUGCCCUGGCACUGAGCAAAAGCCCUUUUGUUGUGCAUCUGUAUUACUCACUACAGUCAGCAAGCAACGUCUACUUGAUAAUGGAAUAUCUUAUUGGUGGAGAUGUCAAGUCUCUCCUACAUAUAUAUGGUUAUUUUGAUGAAGAGAUGGCUAUAAAAUAUACUUCUGAAGUAGCAUUGGCUUUAGACUACCUGCACAGACAUGGCAUCAUCCACAGGGAUUUGAAACCGGACAAUAUGCUUAUUUCCAAUGAGGGUCAUAUUAAGCUGACAGAUUUUGGCCUUUCCAAAGUUACUCUGAAUAGAGACAUCAAUAUGAUGGAUAUUCUCACGACACCAUCAAUGUCUAAACCUAAGCAAGAUUAUUCGAGAACCCCAGGACAAGUCUUAUCUCUCAUCAGUUCUUUGGGAUUUUUCACACCAGUUGGAGAAAAAGAUCAAGACUCUGCAAAUGUGUUUUCAGCACCUAAGUCUGAAGCACAACUUUCUCAAGGAUCAAUUUGUCCUAUGUCCAUAGAUCAGAAGGAGCCAGUUUCUUAUUCUAGCAAACUACUAAAAUCAUGUUUUGAAACACUUGCAUCCAAUCCAGAAAUACCUGUGAAAUGUCUGACUUCUAAUCUACUCCAGUGUAGGAAAAGACUGGGUACCUCAAGUACUAGUAGCCAGUCUCAUACCUUCGUAUCCAGUGUGGAGUCAGAAUGUCACAGCAGUCCCAAAUGGGAGAAAGACUGCCAGAGUGCCAAGCCAUCAAGUACAAUGAUGAGCUGGAGUGCCGGUGAAAUGCCGUAUGCAAAAUCUGUAAGUGCCAUCGAGACAAAAACGGAUUUGGAAUUAGCACUUUCUCCCAUUCAUGACAGCAGUAACAUUCCUCCCACUGGAAGAAACUACAUGACCCUCCCUAGAAAGUGCUUCUCCAGGGAAAUCUCUUGGGAGGCAAGAGAACCGGAUAUAAAUAAUGAGACCAUGACCAUUGACGAGGUCAGUUUCUGUCAGUCCAAUCAUUGGGCUGUAAAUUCUAGUGCUACAUCUGAAGAACACCUCUGUAAAAGAAACUGUAAAAGAAAUUUCCACUUGGUUGACUCCAGUCCUUGUCAGGAAAUUAUACAAAGUAAAAAAAACUGUAUAGAAUAUGAAGCCAAUAAGGAAAAGACAGGCUGUUGUGCAAAUCAAGCUACAGGCUUGACAGCCCAAGUCCAGAACCUGAAGCUAUCAGUGUGCAAAAGUCAGCAACAUGACUAUGCUAAUAAGGAGAACACUGUCACCUAUUUAACUGACAGACGAACCCCAGAAGAACUGCAUAUACCAACAAUAGCAAAGAACCUCAUGUCUGAGCUCGAUGAAGACUGUGAGCUGAGCAGUAAAAAAGACUGCCUCCAUUCUAAUUCCGUAUGUUCUGAUGAGGAUAGAGCUCCUAAAACUGUCUGUGUAGACUCUGAUUCAUCUUUUCCUGGAGUGUCUAUGAUGGAAAGUUCACUGGAAAUUCAGGCCUUAGAGCCAGAUAAAAGCAUCAGAGACUACUCUUUUGAAGAACCAAAUACUGAAGAUCUACUUAUGUUACCAAAAUGCCAAGAAAAUUCCUUGCCAAAAGAUGACUGGCAUGCUUCUAUCCAAGACAGUAACCAAAUGUUAGCUCCUCCUUCAAAGGCGCCAAAAACAUUCGCCUCUAAAACCAAUGUCGUGGCUUUUCGAAGUUUUAGCAGUCACAUUAAUGCAUCCAGUAAUUCAGAACCAUCCAAAGUGAGCACAACUUCUUUAGACACUAUGGACAUUUCCUGUGACUACAGUGGUUCGUGUCCCAUGGCUGUGACCCCUACUGAGAAAGGGAGGGCCUGUGUGUCACAUCAGCAGACUCCGAGUCAGGUCAAGUUGGGAACAUCAUACAGAACUCCAAAGAGUGUGAGAAGAGGGCCACCCCCAGUAGAUGAUGGACGGAUUCUAGGAACCCCGGAUUACCUGGCACCUGAGCUCCUACUGGGAGCCGCCCAUGGUCCUGCAGUAGACUGGUGGGCACUUGGAGUCUGCUUGUUUGAAUUUCUAACAGGAAUCCCCCCUUUCAAUGAUGAAACACCACAGCAAGUAUUCCAGAAUAUUCUAAAAAGAGAUAUCCCGUGGCCAGAAGGUGAAGAAAAGCUAUCUGAUAAGUCUCAAAGUGCGAUGGAUAUGCUGUUAACCAUUGAUGACACAAAGAGAGCUGGGAUGAAAGAACUGAAACAUCAUCCUCUCUUCAGUGAAGUGGACUGGGAGAAUCUGCAGCAUCAGACUAUGCCUUUCGUGCCCCAACCAGACAACGAAACAGAUACAUCCUACUUUGAAGCCAGGAACAAUGCUCAGCAUCUGACCAUAUCUGGGUUCAGUCUGUAGCACAUGCAUGCCAUUUCUAUCUAACUUGUGAUAUAGAAUUUUAACACUAGAUUCAUCUACACGGAAUAAGUCAUUAUUGUACCGAGGCUAAACAGUUUUAAUGAGUACAACAGCUUUUACAGAGUUAAAAUACUGUAAAAAAUAUAAACAGUAAUCUCUACCUUAGAACUGUACAUAAGGCAUCAUGGCUUUUUUCAUCUUAUUUAUUCACUGCACUUUAUGAAGAGCAAUGUCUCAAUAAACUAAAACAGCACUACCACUCUAAACAGAGGGGAUGAACCAUAAGCUUGUAUGUAUCUGUUGAUGUUAGUUCUGUUCACUUUGGUGUUUAUUUGCACAUGGUUACAUCCUAAGCUGUUCUCGGGGCUGUCAUAUGAGACAAACAUGACUGAAAAUCGUUUGACCCAGACAUCGUGGUGGAAGUUCCCAUAUUCAAGAGCAGAUGUAACACAGGAUUAUGACUGCAAUUUGAAGACUCAGGCCAGCCAGGACUGUAUUUCUCAUCAGUAUGUCUCUGCUGAGGGUGAACUAGUCAAAAGAAUUAAGGUUCUAACUCAUCUUACUUAUGAUGGAAUCUCACUGCCUUGAAUGCUCUUGGUGCUUCCCUCUACAAUUCCUGCUUGUUUAAACGGGUAGUGGAAAGGCUGGGUGUGAUACUUUAAGUGAUUUUAAUAGCUUCUUCACUUUUAAUAGAAAAAUUUAUACUUUACAUCAGAUCCUUUCAAACACUGCGAGAGACAAAUAGUAACAAUUAUAAUUACUUGUAACUGUAACUAGUGACUUCAGUAUUGGUCUUUUCAAGUAUGUACUAAGACUCAGGUCAAAAGUCUUAUCUCAAACUAAUUGAGGCUUUUGAUAUUUCCCUAGAAGAGCAAAAUUAAGACGUACGUGUACCAUAGGGAAGGUUUUUGCUAAUGCCUGCUUGCAUACUGACUUUAGUGCUUCCACUGCCACCCAGUCACAGCCCAGAUAGAAUACAGUUUGCAAAGAUGCAUAAUCAGUGCUGGGUAUAGAGUCCUUACUGUACUUAUUUUAGUAAAGACUACUUAGUGUUCCAGUUACCUUUUUUACUAAAAAUAUUCAAAUAUAUUUACAGCUUCCUUUACUAAGACUCACUUUCAGGUGACAGCAUAAUUCUACAGUCUGUUUACUCUAUCAUCCUCUUAGAGUGUUUUCAAGAUUAGAAAGAAACCUUUAGAAUCAAAAAAAUACCUAAAUGACUGCUACUAAACUGAAAUGAUGUGGGCAGGUUAAAAGUGAGCAUGAAGAUGCUGGAGGGAGCAAAUGCUUAGUGUGCCAAGGACCCCGUGUUCAAUCCCCACCAUACACAAACAGUAAUUGAGGAAUUAGGAUAAGCAGAGCCACAUUAAUAAACCUGAGGUUCACAAGUCAUGGCUUACCAGAGCACUGGACCCCAGCUAUGGGUAUUGUUAAAAGUGAGUCUGCAGAAGCAAGCCCCUAGUGGCUUCUUAAAUUAAAUCAUUGGACAAUUGGUUAUAGUAAAAUUAAAUUCUGCUGUGGAUCCUUGAGAGUUCCUGGCUUGCCUGGGUGGGGCCACAUGAAUAUAUCACUGGAAUAGGAAAGUCUGUAAAUGGAUGGCUGAAUAAACAGGGAAACAUAUGUAAGUAUGCAGAAGAGAAGGAUGGGAAGACACUAUAGUUUUUGUAAAAUGCUUUUUUCUACUUUCCCUGUUUUCACAGAGUGAAUCAUAAACACUUUGCACAUUUAUGUUUCAUUUUCUUUUACUUGUAUGUACAGAAUAUGAUUUUAAAAAAUUAUUUCUCCUUUCAAGAUUAUUUAACCUA